UGUCUGUGCCAAUUAUUUCCUCUGCUCUUUAGAGGUCGGAAGGUUUAAUCUUUUAUAGAUUUCUUUGCAUUAUGGCAAGCCAACCUCCAACAGCUCGUCCAUGGUUCCGUUUAGGAUCCCUUGCACGGGCCGCUCCAACGCCGGCACCCGCACCGGCACCUGCUCCAACUCCGGCUCCCACCGCGGCACCUGCUCCUGUUCCCACCCCGGCACCUGCUCCAGCGCCGUUUCCCACCGUGGCACCGGCUCCAGCGCCGGUUCCCACCGUCGCACCCGCUCCAACGCCGGUUCCCACCGUCGCACCGGCUCCAACGCCGGUUCCCACCGUUGCAACUGCUCCAACGCCCGUUCCCACCACGGUACCGGCUCCCACCCCGGCACCUGCUCCAAUGCUGGCUCCCACCGUGACACCUGCUCCUGUUCCCAUCACGGUACCGGCUCCCACCCCGGCACCUGCUCCAAUGCUGGCUCCCACCGUGACACCUGCUCCUGUUCCCACCACGGCACCUGUUCCAAGGCCGUUUCCCACCGUGGCACUUGCUCCUGUUCCCACCACGGUACCGGCUCCUACUCCGGCACCUGCUCCAAUGCUGGCUCCCACCGUGACACUUGCUCCUGUUCCCACCACGGUACCGGCUCCCACCCCGGCACCUGCUCCAAUGCUGGCUCCUACCGUGGCACCUGCUCCUGUUCCCACCACGGUACCGGCUCCCACUGUGGCACCUGCUCCAACGCUGGCUCCCACCGUGACACCUGCUCCUGUUCCCACCACGGCACCUGUUCCAAGGCCGUUUCCCACCGUGGCACCUGCUCCUCUUCCCACCACGGUACCGGCUCCCACCCCGGCACCUGCUCCAACGCUGGCUCCCACCGUGACACCUGCUCUUGUUCCCACCACGGCACCUGCUCCAAGGCCGUUUCCCACCGUGGCACCUCCUCCUGUUCCCACCACGGUACCGGCUCCCACCCCGGCACCUGCUCCAACGCUGGCUCCCACCGUGACACCUGCUCCUGCUCCCACCACGGCACCUGUUCCAAGGCCGUUUCCCACAGUGACACCUGCUCCUGCUCCCACCAUGGCACCUGUUCCAAGGCCGUUUCCCACCGUGACACCUAUUCCUGUUCCCACCACGGUACCGGCUCCAACGCCGGUUCCCAUCGUGGCACCUGCUCCUGUUCCCACCACGGUACCUGCUCCAACGCCGGCUCCCGCGGCGGUACCUCCUCCUGCCGUGGAAUUCGUAUUGCCCCGGCCUCUUCUGCCGCGGCCGGCAUUUAGGCCAAUUACUCAACCUACAGCACCUGCACCAGCACCUGCGCCGUCUUCACCAGUUAGAACGCUCCCGACAGGCCCCUCCACCACAGUAGCACCGCCUGCUGCACCAAUUACAGCUCCAGUGGUGCCGAUUGCAACUGCAGCGCCAAUUACGGCUCCAACGCAACCUGUUCCAACUGAAAAGCCCGCCAGCACAGCAAUCCUCGUGACUCGCGCGGCUAGUCCAACAGCAUCAUUAAUAGCCAUAAAACCAGCGGUACAAACGCCAGCCGCCCCUCCACCUUCUCCUUUAAUCUUACCUCCGGCCCAAUUGAAAUCCCAGUCGGAGAUCGAAUCCAAAAUCCCAGCAGAGGCAGAGCAGAAAACCGUGCUUGUUCAAAAGACAGUCGAGAAGCCAAAGGGGUGGUUCAUUGGUGAUUCCCAUAAAGAUCUCAGCGAUGCAAUCACAGAAGUGAAGGAAAAAGGUUACCGGAAGAAAACUUAUUCUGAUUCCGAGGAAUCUGGCAUAAGGGUCAUAACAAUUGCCGGCGAGAACAGAGGAGCUCACAUGGAAUUAAUCCAUUCCCCGCAGAAACAUGGCUUCGAGGGUACCCCUCAUCAUCUCCAGAAGAAGGGGAGUUCCUCAACCGACGGCAACGAAUCCCAGGACGGGAAACAAAAAAAGAAAGACAAGGAUCAGAAAUCAAAGGCAAAGCCUACGAAUGCAUAUGUAAACAGUAAUGUGCAGGGUGUUAACAGCUCCAUUGUGCUCAAUUCUACCUGCACUCACCAUGACCCCGGCGUGCAAAUCACUCUGCUCCGAAAACCAUCCUGCGGUAGCGGUGGUGGAUUGCAAAUAAAGGAACAUCGCAGCGGGGUAUAACAGCCGGAGGGAAGCAAAGAAUUUCACUUAAUUUGGGAUACUCUAAGUGCGAUAUUAAGCAAUAAAUUAAUACUAUUACAUAUGGGAUAAAGGGAGUAUAUGCAUGGAAUCUGCUUCUUCAAUCUGUGCAAUUGAAGACGUUCCAUAAUAUGUCUUUGGCGUGAACUUGCUUAAAUUGGAGUGUAAUAAAAGUGAUUCUUCACU